CUUCUGCGGCAGAGGCUCGCAGACGUGUUUUGUUUGUUCGUUCAAACGCUUUAAAUUUUGUACUGAAAAACCGUAAAUAUUAAGUGCAAGUGUGUUUUUAUAAACAUCGAAGCCUUGUUUUUCUGUUUGUGAUAUUUGUUACUCGAAUGAUUGUGGGAUUCUUGGUGAAAAGGUGCACUUCCGCUCCGGAACAUACCAGCGAAGGAAGGUAGCAGUUUGGUGACCCGUGUCUGGGUUUUCGUCUUGCGAAUCUGAAAAAUCUACCAACAGUACAACUACUAUCUGACAUUGCGCAAAACUUUCGAGAUGGUCGACUCGCGGGAGACGAACCAAACCUAUGGCCGGAACCAGCAACCAGUUGAUGAUUGCGAUGCUGCAUUAUUAUCGCAGAUUCCGACCAGCGAAUUGAUGAUGGAUUUGGAUGGGGGAAUGUUUCAGCUGGAGCCAUAUCAGGAGGUGCUAAAGCUGGAAUCACUUCCGGAUAUGGACCAGUGCGAUCAAUCGAUGCAGAUCCCAAAAUCGGUGACCCCUCUCGUGCUUGACCAUAUGAACAAAACACCAACGCUGGAAGAGUACCACGAUCCGGUGUUUAACUUUCACGUUGAUCUUAACGGGGAAACCAGUGGCAAGUCCAGUUGGAUGUUUUCCUCCAGGUUGAACAAGGUCUUCGUCAAGAUGGGUCAGGCGUGCACGUUCAACGUUUCCUAUCAGUCACUCAACUUCCAGGAGCUGCAGGUGCGAGCGAUGCUGGUUUGCUCUGCUCCGGAAGAUAUGCACUAUCCGGUGUUUCGAUGCGAGAACCACCGCUGCAGCGAUAACAGCAAACUCCCGGAGGAUGUAAAAUCUCACGUUAUGCGCUGUUUCAACCCGUCGGCACGGUACGUUGGCAGUGAGAGCGGAGUGGCCUACCAGGAGCGACUAGCGGUGAUCAUUCCUCUCGGAUCCACCACCCAGGAUCAGGCAUCGAUGAAUGUUUCGCUCGAGUUUGUGUGCCAAAAUUCAUGUCGAAUCAUCAACCGACGAGCGACAGCCAUCAUUUUCACCCUGGAGGACGUGCAUGGUCAGAUUCUGGGAAAGAAAUCGCUUCAUCUCAAGGUGUGCAGUUGCCCCAAGCGGGACAAGCAGAAGGAGGAGGAAUGCCUGGCACCGACUAAACGCAAGAGUGAGGAACAACUUCAAGCACCGCAUGGGAAGAAAGUGGCCAAAGUUUCCACCGCACACCGUAAUCCUACGGGUCAGCAGCGACCGCAGCGAACAUCGCCACCAUUGCCAGGCAAACUGGCCUACAUCAAAAAGGAAGGAUCGCCCGAUUCUUCUCCGACGUCCGCUUUCCAUCACCGGCGAGCUCGAUCAUUGACUCCCUAUAGCAGCCAGGAGCUGAUCGAGCAGCCGGCUACCACCAUCAGCAUUCCAUUGCCCAGCGUUCCGGCAGCCGUCAAAGUAGCCGAAUAUGCCUUCCAGGUGGUCGCCGGUGAUCUGGUCCGUUGCGUCGACGAUGACCAACGGAAGCACCUGGCCGCCUUCCUGACGAAGAUCCGACGGCUGCAGAAACGCCUCACCACCGGCCAUACUGCCUACAACACCAACAGCUCAACGGAUUCCGAGUAGCGCCAUUGCCGACGCUCGAGACAAAUUACAUACCCUAUUAUAAUUAAUAUUAAACCAUUAACCAAUCGUUGUUAAGAGGGUGGGCGGGGGGUUGGGCCCAUCUUGUUGCACACCUACUCACUAUUUUUUUGACUAACAAUUUACAAUAUUGGGUAAACCAGUCGCGUUGAAUGCUGAGCGUUAGGCGAAAAGAUUGCAAACUUAAUAGUUAUUAGACACUAGAGUAGCGAUAGAAAAACUAUUAGUAGUAGUAGCAGUAAUAGUAUCGAAAGUACUAUACGUUAUAUCAUAUGGUUAGGUUAGGAAAGGAUCAGGUUGUGUGUUCAGGCUGUAUGGCGAAUGAUUCAAAGUCCAUCCAAAUUUAACAGCUGCUCGGGAGAGCUUAAACCUUUUUUUCCCCAGUGUCUCGCUACUAUGUUUGGCUGUCGAUCAAUAAUUAUCAUUUGGAAAUUAGCGUCUGUUAGCGAUUGUCACGUCUUACAAACGUCUCAAUCUGAAUCGUUCUCACUGUCGAAUUGUGUUAAACCAGUUAUCACCAGUUAUGGUUUUGUUUGCUGUAACGUUUUAUUUUCCUUCUCCAUCAUGUGCCAAUAAAUGUUUACUCUUCUAUCUAACCGAAAGGCUGUUUCAAGGCAUUUCAUUUCGCUUCCAUUUAGUAUCGUUUCCAUCGCAUGGUCCGACUGCCGAUCAGUGCAAUUCUAUAGCUCAAUUCGUGACGAUUGGACAUUGGAAGCGCAUACUCGUAGAGCUAGGUAUUAGUUGGAUUUGAGCAUUUAUUGUAGCCUAAACAAUGGCGUGUACUUUAAGUAUUUUCCUCAUGGCAAAAUGUAGUUCGCCUUACUUUUCAUAUAUAUACAUUUUUUUGUAGAAAAAUAAGUGCAUGAUAGUUUAAGCAGAUAGAUAACCGUUAUACGAAAUACACGGAACGUGAUUGGAAAAGUGCUAUGAAGAGUGCUUUUUAAAAUAAUUACUAGAAAAUAAGUCGAUUGUUUUGUUUACUUAAAAAAAUCAGAGGCAACAAUGAUUGUCCACUUUAAUGAGAAAAAAAUAUAAAGGAGGCAACAAUGAUUGUCACCCUUAAAAAAAGAAAAAAUCAGAGGCAACAAUGAUUGUCCAUCUUAAUGAGAAAAAAAAAAUGAUGGGGGCAACAAUGAUUGUCACCCUUAAAAAGAAAAAAAAAACAAAUCGGAGGCAACAAUGAUUGUCUACCUAAACAAAAAAAAAAUAUUACAAAGAAAAAAAUACAAACAAUGAAUGUUCAUUGGAACAAUUAUCUAAUUUCACUUUCUUUCAUUCUAAAGUAGUGAUGACAAAUAUUAAAGUUUCAGCUGAAUGAACCGUCACGAGUAGGCUCAAGUGCCUGAAUAGUAGCAGCUUUUCGUGUGAAGCAAACAGUGCGAUGCAGCCGGUAACAUGGGUGAUAUUCGUCGUUCAAGUUCCCUACAAGUUUGACCAUUGUAACAAUGUUGAAUACAUUUCUCGUGUUGACAUACACCUGUGCGUGAACUGCACCGACGACGGAAGUCUUGUGGACGAUACUGACUCAUCAAAUAGGAAAUUGGUCUGGACUAAACAGGGAGCGGCAACGUCUGUCAUCGGUGUUCUUCCAAUCAGAUUUACUGCUUGCUUCAGGAAUAAAAGAAUCUCGGAAUAUCUCAUCAAGGUUGGCUGGAAUCUGGACAUCGCAGUGAAUCCCAGAUACGUGACAAAAUAAAACCAACAAAACGAAGUUGAACUUUGCCAUCACGGCACGGCAUGUACACGAACCACGCGGAGGCCUUCGAAGCGUGUUACCCGUAUCUGUUACUCUAAGCAACUGCGAAAAAAAUAUCCGUUCAGUUUGUCUCAUAGUAAAUAUGACUACAUAACAGUCCCAUUAUUCUAGCAAAUAGAUACUUCUGCAAAGCUAGUGUAGUUUGAGU